AAAGAGUUAAUAAUAAAAAAUAUAUAUAUAAUAAUAAUAGAAGUGAUAUAUUAAGUUUUUAUUAUAUUCGAUUUAUGAUUUCAGAAUCAAUAAUGUGUGUUUUUAUAAUUUUCUUUAUACCAUUUUAACCUAUAAUUAAUAUACAAUAUAUAUAUACAAAAAUAAAAUUAAGAUUUAUUCCAACAACUAAAUAGAUAAUAAAUCUUAUAUAUCAAGUUCUAUUUUAUUUAUAAAAAGCAUUAAAAAUGUUAAAUUGCAAAAAAUUCGUCAUUAUUUUAUUCUUAUUUUUUGGUAAAGUGAAUAGUCAUUGGAAUCGAACACGGAGAUCGAACACUGAUUUCGAUGUUUUAAUUUUUACUCAACAUUGGCCUCAAACUGUUUGCUACACAUGGAAAGAAAAGUCAACAUCGAAUACGUGUUCAUUACCAAAAGAGCAUGAGUGGACGAUUCAUGGUAUUUGGCCAUCUCAAUAUCAUAAAAUUGGUCCACAAUUCUGUAAUAAAUUACCAUUCAAUUCGACCGCAUUAGAACCAUUAAAAGAGAAAUUACAAGAAAAAUGGAUAGAUAUAGAAAAAGGAAGAACUUCUUAUUCAUUUUGGCAACAUGAAUGGGAUAAACAUGGCACUUGCGCGGUAGUAUUGGAACAAUUAAAUACUGAAAAUAAAUAUUUUACAAAAGGUUUAGAAUUAUUAUCAAUUUACGAUAUGAAAAAUAUAUUGGCAAAAGCGAAUAUCAUUCCUGGACAAAUAUAUAAUAAAACAGAGAUUUUAAAUGCUAUUGAAAGGCAAUUAGACAAACGGGGAAUAUUAAUUUGUCAAGAAAAUAAGCAUACAGGAGAAUCAUAUAUAUUUGAGAUACGAAUAUGUUUUAAUAAAACAUUAGAAUUGAUCAAUUGUAAUGAAGUUAGUGAAUAUCCUACAAAUUGUAAGUCUGAAAGAAUAAUUUAUCCCGAAAAAGUACCAUAUAAUAAAAGUACAAUAAUAAAUAAUAAUAUAAUAAUGAAUUUCAUAUUUAUAUUUGUAUUGUUUUAUAAAUACAUAUAACAUAAAAGUAUAAAUAUAAAAUAUAAAAUAUGUAAUUUUAAAAUUUAAAAUUGAUGUAAUAUUUAUUUUAUAUCCGAAAAAUGUAAUAAAAAUUUUAAACAUUUUAUAUUUUUAAA